AUGUAUCGCCGAUCUAAACCGCUAACUGACAAAGAACUUUUGGCUAUAUUGGAAAAUAGUGAUAGUGAAGAAGACUUUAUUGGUCAUUUAGAGGAUCAGAGCGAUGAUGGAUGGAUCGAUACCGACGAGGAAGCAAAUGAAGUGCAUGCUACCGACGCCGAUGCUCAAGACACCCAGUCAGAAAGUGACGCCGAAGAUAUUGUUGAAGAAGUUGAUCCGACAGAACCACCUACCAAAGUUGCCCGAGGCAAUUUUGUUUGGCAGCAAAAAGAUUUCAAACCUACUGUUUUUAAAUUUGACCAUAAAAAUUCUGGUUGCAAAGUAAAAGACUUACCUGAAUCACCAACUGAACUUGAUAUCUUCCAAUGUUUUUUUACCGAGGACAUUGUAACAAUUAUAGCUGAGGAAACAAACAAAUUUUACGAAUAUGUAAACAAACAAGAAAUUCAAAAUCAGUCUCGCCUCAAACGAUGGAAACCUAUUGAUUUCAAAGAAAUGUACUGCUUUAUAGCAGUAACGAUUCUAAUGCCACAAACAAAAAAAUUGAAUAUCCAAGCUUAUUGGACGUCAGAUGCAUAUUUAUCAACUCCAAUUUUUGGGCGCCUUAUGAAACGUGAUCGUUAUUUACUUAUUUUGCGGUUGUUACAUUUCGUAGAUAAUAAUAUCGAACCAGUUGAAAGGGAUACUUUACGCAAAAUCAGAGUAAUUUUUGAUCACUUGAGAACAACGUUCAAAAAUAGUUUUUAUCCCUUCCAAAAUUUAUGUAUUGAUGAAAGCCUCAUGUUGUACAAAGGCAGAGUGUUCUUCAAACAAUACAUCCCAUCGAAGCGUCAUCGAUUUGGAAUUAAAUUUUUCAUGCUUUGCGAUUGCGAGACUGGCCACAUUCUUGACCUUAUUAUAUAUACAGGAGCAACUACAAAUGUGGGAACGACUGGAGUAGAAUAUCUUGGAAAAUCUGGGGAUAUAGUUAUGACCCUGAUGACUCCCUACUUGAACAAAGGUCAUACGUUAUUUGUUGACAACUGGUAUUCGAGUCCAACAUUAUUUUCUUAUCUUCAUGGUUUCAAAACAAAUACUUGUGGGAUAGUCAAGGCGUCCAGGAAACAUAUGCCCAAUCUGGCGCAAAAACUACAAUCAGGGCAGGUGAUACUUCAAUCCACAGACUCUCUUUUAGCGCUAAAAUGGCAAAAUAAGCGUGAGAUUCGCAUGCUGACGAGUUGCUUUAAAGCAGAAAUGAGGGAUACUGGAAAAAUCGACCACCGCACAGGAGACAGAAUUCAAAAGCCAAGUUGCAUACUUGAAUAUAAGUUAAAUAUGGGAUCUGUUGACAAAUCAAAUAUGCUUCUUUCAUCAAUUGAGUGUGUCAGAAAAUUUUUAAAUUCGUACCACUUAGAUAAAACGAAGAGCGGUGAUAAUAUAUCAGUUGCAACGUUUCAAUUGAACCUUGUAAAACAAGUAAUAACGAAAUAUCACACCCCUCUUGAUCGUUGUGGUGGAGGAAGAAGACCUACAAAUGCUGAGUCCGAUCUGCGUCUAACGGAAAGACAUUUCCCGUCUUUAGUGCCAUCCACGGCAAACAAAGCGCGUCCAACGAAAAGAUGCGUGGUGUGCGAGAAGAAAAAGAAACGCGCAGAAUCUAGGUAUAUGUGCGCCCCAUGUCAUGCUGCACUUUGUAUAGUACCCUGUUUUGAAGUGUAUCACACAAAAAAGAAUCUUACGUAG